UACACUGAACAGCAACGUCAUUUCCGGGUAACGUUGCUGCUGAUUCACACGCUGAAGUGAAGCUACCUCCUGAAUUUACAAAAUAUAAACAUGUCACUGUGAUAAACCGUGGAAACUCUGCGACAGUAUUUUCCGACACGUUAACAUGGUGCCUACAGACUUUAAAGCCCUGAUCCAGAGGUUUUAUCAACUUCAGUCUGAGCGGCUAGAGACCUAUCAGCUCUUUGAAGAAGGACAUGAAGCCUACCUGAGGACAGGACCCCAUUAUGACUUCGACCACUACAGGCAGCUGGUCCAUGAGGUAACGCAAGCCUUCUGUGGGAUCUCCAAGGAGGUGCUGGAGAUCAAGGGGAAGCUGCACCAUGAGUUUGACAGACCAGCUCUCUCUGAGCACAUUGAAAAGCUUCAGAGCAAAGAGAAGGAGAAACUUGAACUGACAGCCAAGCUGCAGCUGGCCAGGCAGCGGGCCCAGGAUCACCCGGAGGACGAAGGCUGUCAAGAACAGAUUCAGGAGAUCAAGCACGAGAUCAUCAAGAACAAAGAGGCUCUGAGUGAGAUCAUGCAGGACUUUAAGUAUGACUCUGAGGAGGGUGAUUGACAGGUGGCUCCCGGGAGGCCUGCAGCCGCCCUCUCACAUCACCAAACGGCUGAGCUGACGGAUCGACUCGGCUCUGCUGCAACUUCCAUCUUGGACUCCUCUGCUGCACUUAUCGAUCCCCCUCUGGCUCCACCCUGCUCGCUGCUGCAGUCUUACUCCACCCUGCAGGGGGCUUCUCACACUCUGACUCUGUGUUUCUAUCUGUAGUCAUGUGUUUGUGUUAAUGCAUGCCUCAGCAAAAAAAACAAGACAAAAAAAAAAAAAAAAGAAGAAAUGUGUAAAUAUUCUAAAGGUUAAAUAAUUCCAGGAGGCUCAUCCCGUUGUCUUUGUUUACUUG